UGUCAUUUCGCUCAUAUUCCAAAUUUGUUUUUGUCGGUGAUUGUACUACCUCUAGUAUUUAGUAAAUAAACAAUAAACGGUUUUGCAAUGUUCAAUUAUCAAUAUUGGACAUUGUAGGCAAAAAAAAAAAUAACAGGUAAAAUUGUGUAUAAUUCUAUCCAGAAUUACAUUCCAACUUUUUCGCCGGUAACCUUCAACAAACAUGGGUGAAACUUCAUGUUAUAUUCUUGAUAAUGGAGCUUAUACAGCUAAAGUAGGUUUAUCUACAAUGGAGCCGAAGAUCGUACCCAAUUGUAUUAUGAAAGCUAAAUCAGAACGCCGUCGACCAUUCAUAGGCUCACAGCUUGAUGAAUGUCGUGAUGCUUCGGGCUUAUUUUAUAUAUUACCAUUCCAAAAAGGAUUUCUUAUCAAUUGGGACACGCAAAAAACAAUAUGGGACUAUAUAUUUAGUAAAGAAUGUUGUCCAGUUAACUUUAGUGAAACUCCAUUGAUUUUGACUGAGCCUUUGUUUAACUUUCAUUCAAUCCAAGAAGCAAUGACGGAAAUUUUCUUUGAGGAGUACGAAUGUCAGUCAUUAUUACGUAUUAAUGCAACAGAUUUGGCUGAAUAUCAUUAUAGAAAACUUCAUAAAAAUGAAGGUACCAUAGUUGUUGAUUCUGGUUACAGCUUUACUUAUAUAGUGCCAUAUAUAAAUGGAAAAAAGUAUAAGGAAGGUAUUAGGCGCAUAGAUGUUGGAGGAAAAGUCUUAACUAACCAUUUAAAGGAGAUAUUAAGUUAUCGUCAGCUAAAUGUUAUGGAGGAGAGUUAUGUUAUUAAUCAGGCAAAGGAAGACUCCUGUUUUGUAUCACAUGAUUUUAUGGGAGAUAUGCAAAUAACUAGAAGAACAGGUUCUAAAAACACAAUAGUUAAGGACUAUGUUUUACCAGAUUACACCACAUUAAGGAGAGGAUAUCUUCGAGAUAUUGUUAGACCAAAUGAAGAUUUAGAACAACAAACAUUACGGAUGAACAAUGAAAGAUUUAGCAUACCAGAAUUAUUGUUUCAUCCAUCAGAUGUUGGAAUUCCUCAAAUGGGUAUACCAGAGGCAAUUAUUAAUAGUAUUGAUUCCUGUCCGGAAGGUAAUAAGGAAAGUCUGUUGGAGAAUAUAAUAUUGUAUGGUGGUAAUACUUUGUUUCCUGGUUUUCGUGAUAGAGUUUUUAAUGAAGUUCGUGCUUUAGCAUUAGACCACUUUGAUGUAAAUGUUAGUAUUGCGGAAAACCCAAUUACCUAUGCCUGGGAAGGUGGAAAGCAUUUGUUUAAAGAUCCUGAGUUUUACUCAUUUUGUUUAACAAAAGAAGAAUAUGAAGAGGAAGGGAGGAAUUUGGCAUUUGAAAGGUUUGAUAUAUAGCGGAGAAAACGAGCGAGAAAUUCUUCAGAGUAAAGGAUAUCGCUCGGUAAAUGUAUGAUUUAUAAUAAAGUAUUAUAUAAAAUUUAUGUAAAUUCAAUAAUUAAAAAUAUCAUGCAGAUUUUUGAAGUAACAAAAGCAUUAUGUUAUGGGCAAUCCAUGAUAUAGAUUUCAUGUUAUUAAAGGAAAUUAAUACCACUAUUUGGAAUUAGUAUAGGAUAUGUGAAAUACAUCUAUAACCCUUAGUCAUGGUAAGAUUUCCAUGGUGGAAAGGAGAUGAAUCUCAGCAUGCUCUUAGUUGAAAUUUACCUGUUUUAUUCUACCACAAUAUAUGUUAGAAGCUUUUAAUACUUAGUUUAUUGUAAAGGUUUUUACAUAAUUCAGCAUGAAAUCCCUUACUUAAAAAUAUGUUGUCCAUCUUUCAUGUAAAUUUCCACAUUUUUAGUAUAUUGUAAAAAGAUAAGAGAAUAUAUAAAUAUGCAGUAGAGUUAUGUAUAUUCAUUAUUCAUUAGAAAUAAAUCCUUAUAUACAGAAAUACCUGAUUGUACUUGGUAAAAAAUACUCAAAAUAGUUUAUUAAUUUUAUUAUCUUAAAGACUUCCAUUACAUAUUAAUCUAAGCAAAAUUGUUUAAGUACAAAAAUACAAAACAAUAUUCCUAUUAACGAUAAAUGCAUUUCAUGUGUACUUAAUAAAGAUUCAUUUCCUACUAUGCUAUUGUAUAUUUUUAUGCUGUUAUCAAUGAAAUAAAGCUAUUUCCUGGUUUGUAUGAUCAGAUAUCUAUUUGUA